AGAGGCGCGGUGACCGUGUCUGACGAGAGCUGGAAGAGGCAGUAGGAGGUAGUGGCGACUGCGUCGCGGGCGCCUGAGGAGAAGGAGGAGGAGGAGGAGAAGCGGAUGAGGAGAUGGAAGGGAUUGACAAAGUCCUACACAGUUUAUAAGUGGCGUGGAGAAAGCACAUGCCCAGGGUACUUCCCCAGCUGCUGCUUUGUGCUCCCUGCUCUUGGUUGGAGGCAGCAUGGUCCAUGGGACAUCAUGGGGCCCGAUAGAGUGACAGCCAGAGAACUGUGUGAGAACGACGACCUCGCCACCAGCCUCGUUCUGGACCCCUACCUAGGCUUCCGCACCCAUAAGAUGAAUGUCAGCCCUGUGCCCCCCCUGCGGCGACAGCACCACCUGCGCUCAGCACUGGAGGCUUUCCUGAGGCAGCGGGACCUGGAGGCUGCAUACCGGGCCCUGACGCUGGGAGGCUGGAUGGCCCACUACUUCCAGAGCCGGGGCCCGCGGCAGGAGGCUGCCCUCAAGACCCACAUCUAUCGCUACCUCCGUGCCUUCCUGCCUGAAAGUGGCUUUACCAUCCUGCCCUGUACCCGUUAUUCCAUGGAGACGAAUGGAGCCAAGAUUGUGUCUACCCGAGCUUGGAAGAAGAACGAGAAACUGGAGCUGCUGGUGGGCUGCAUCGCGGAGCUGCGGGAGGCCGAUGAGGAGCUGCUGAGGGUGGGCGAGAAUGAUUUCAGCAUCAUGUACUCCACCCGCAAGCGCAGCGCCCAGCUGUGGCUGGGCCCAGCAGCCUUCAUCAACCAUGACUGCAAACCCAACUGCAAGUUUGUGCCCGCAGAUGGGAACUCAGCCUGCGUGAAGGUGCUCCGGGACAUUGAGCCUGGUGAUGAGGUGACCUGCUUCUACGGUGAAGGCUUCUUUGGUGAAAAGAACGAGCACUGUGAAUGCUACACCUGCGAGAGGAAAGGGGAAGGAGCUUUUCGCCUGCGGCCCAGGGAGCACUUACCACCACGGCCCUUGGACAAGUACCAGCUCCGGGAGACCAAGCGGAGGAUGCUGCAGGGCCUGGGCAGCAGCCGGCAAACCCUGCUGAGCCCAUGGGCUUGUGCCCACCCAUCCUCUCUGCGCAGGGACCUGUUCUGUGCCGCCUGCCAGCCCCUGCGCCCCCUGGCCUGUGGCACCCACCCCGAUACCUCGCCACUCUGGCUCCCAUGGCUGUUGCAGCCCCAGCUCCGAGUACGUCCCCGGAGGCGCCGUCGACCCCAGCCCCGGCCGGUUCCCAUGCACCCUGUUCUCCGUGCUGCCCGUAUCUCCCUGCACAGGUGGGGAGGCUGUGGCCCACACUGCCGCCUGGAAGCAGAGGCCGUGGUGGCCCUGGGCCCGGCCCCCCAUGCCUGCUGGGCCCCCCAGCAGGACUGGCACUGGGCCCGGCGCUACGGGCUGCCUUACGUGGUACGUGUGGACCUGAGCCGUGUGGCCCCAGCCCCACCUGCCACUGCCACUGCCACUCCGGUCCCCACCGGGACCCCAGGCCCCAUCCCCAUCCCCAAGCAGGCCCUUGCCUUCGCACCCUUCUCCCCACCCAAGCGCCUGCGGCUGGUGGUCAGCCACGGCUCCAUCGACCUAGAUGUCAACAGUGAUGGACCAUGAUGGGCUGGACAGGGUGACCCUAUUAGUCCCCCUAGCCCAAGUUCUCGACUCAUGGACCCUCCAGAAGGAGCUCUUGGACCUCUGGGAGGAAGCUGACCCUUGACCCCAGCACAUCCCUGACCCAGUGUCGGGUUGCUUUGGACACCACCAGGGAUUGGACCCCUGACCCUUUGUGACUGCUGACCCCUGAGCCAUCCCCACCCUGUCAGGGAACCCUAGCCAUUGCUGCCCUCCCCGUCUCCCCAGCUCAGGACUGAAGGAGCUGUUCCUUCCCCUCCCACCUUCUCCUGCCCAGGGAGCAAAGCCAUAAGGGGUGGGGGCCACCCCUGGCAUCUCCCCAGAAGCCCAGGCCUCAGGAGGAAGGGGAACUGACUUGGGGGUGGCACUUUUUGGAGACUGCCCCAUGGAGGGGAGUAGGUUUGCUCUCAAAUCUGGGACUGUUUGAGGUGGAGGGCAAGGUGGGGGGUGCCCACGUGUCCUCAGCACCCCCUGGGUCUCAGGGAGGCCGGGUGCAACCUUAUCUUUCUUAUGGUGCUAUCCCUGGUGCUACUGGGGUGUGGGGGCUCCCUCCCCUCCCCCACACCAGAACGGGGUAUGUUGGGGGAUUGGAAGCACUUGAACUUUUUAUUUUAUUAAAACCUUGUUAUAAGCAGCACCCUCAGAAGAUUUUCAUUUU